AUGGAUGCAAGACAGCAAAGCAGCCAAUUCGGAAACAGUUUGACUGUCGACGACUUGAAAACCAAUGGCAACUCGCAUCUCACUCCCAUGGAGAGGAGCAACAGUACAAACACCACCAUGUUUCGCGACAAUUAUGACGAAUUGCUAAAGGAGGUACUCGACGACGAGAAUUCAGAACAAGACGACGAAGAUCUCUUGCAUAUUGAUGAUAUCGACUUGAACGCAGCAACAGCCGACCUUCCAGACGAGUUACGAGCAGCUUUAGAGGAUCGUGCAUUGGGUGACAAGUACUUGGCAGACUUGAAGACAUACUUGAACCAUCGACGAUCACACUCCCUUGGAUCAACGGCUAGCAUGAAAGGCGAUUAUUCGACCCCCAAUACCCCGCUUCAAGCAUCUUUUCCGCGACAUUCACAACCUCCCAAACCACUCUACAACAAUAUCCAGCGUGAUCCGCUUUCCAAGAUCCUCGAGACAAUACCAUAUCACACUCGCCUCGUUAAUGGUGUCCAAUCAUUGACUGUACUUGAACAAAAGUUCCACGCCCUUCGUAUCCCAGAGCUGGAUUUGCCUACUGUAUCCGACUCCAUCAUUCAAUCACGACUUGACGACAUGUACAGGAUUCAGGAUGAGCUCAACAUUCAUUUGCAUGGAGGACCCUUGAUGAAGAUGAACAAGUCGACUUAUACCAUUGGUGAACAAAAGAGACGCAAGGUCAACAAUUUGCUGGAUGAACUUAGUAAAGAGAUUGGGUUAUACGAGGAAUUUGUAAAGAGAGCCCAUUAUCUUAGCCUGGAGAGCAUCUUGAACGAAUCCGAUGAUUCAAGUGUGGGGGAAUACUAUAUGGAGGAUUAUGAGACCUUUGAUACUGGAUCAAGCCUGAACCAUUUUGAUUCUUCCUCAGAGAUAUCAAAAGCGUCCCCUGGUACUCCUAGUUCUUCGGCAGCAUUUUCACCAACACCUUUCAGUGCUUCACCCAAAACACCUCGCCGCAUCACAUCCAAUCCAUCGCUUCAGACCCAUGCAGAGCAACAAGCGAGAUCAGUCAAUGGUGCAUUAUUACAUUCACGACUUGAAUCAUCGAGUUUUGAUUCACAGCCAUCAUCGGAAAUGGGUUCCGCAUCUGAUGGAUCACCUUCGGUGUCGCAGCCUUCAAAUGAUCCUGUCGAGCCAUGGGAAGCAUUCAAAUGGACAGCUUUGAAAAAGAUAUCGGAUCAAUUGUAUUCUGAGGAUAUGAGAAGACACCAUGGUUUGGCUUCUGUCUUGGCGGUCAGUGGUGUAAUCGCCAUAGGCACAACUAGAAGCUUGGUGUUCGUUUACGAUUACUCACAAAAUCUCAAGUGCAUUCUCGGUGACAGUGCUCGUGCGGUUGAGAUUGGAUCCGUUACUUCUUUAUCAAUAUCAGCAGAUCACACCACCGUUGUAUGUGGUCAUAGUCAAGGAUACAUUCUAGUGUGGGAUAUCACCAAACCAGCACAACCCAUUCGUGUCAUUGAACCUAUUUCACCAACCAAGCUCAACAAGUCAUCCAAUGGCGCUGUACAGCAACAACAAACGCCACGAAAGGAAGGUCACGUGAAGGGUGCAGCGAUUCUACAUGUUGGCUUUGUGGGAGUGAAGAAAUCAGAGAUUGUAUCGGGUGAUGACCAAGGUAUGGCAUUCUAUCAUGUGCUCUACAAGGUGGUGAUGGUCAAUGCCGUUGAUACCACUCGCAUCUUGGGCCGUUACCAAAACCUAUCGUUUUCCACCACCGUCGAACCGGCUGCUGCUGCUCCUGAGUUACAGCAAAUCGCUGGUGCACCUCCAAAACCAAGACGACCAAGCACCGUGUUUUCUAUGCAGCCUCUUCCCUUGGGACAAAUCGCACAUCCUGCUGAGAGCUUUGGAUUAGUGGCACUUUUGACUCCGUACAAGAUGAUCAUUGUCGGAUUGAAGCCUACACCACAAACCCAAUACAAGUUUUUGAAGCCCAAGCCCAUCCCAUUUAUGAAUACAUCAUCCACCGAUCCACUGGAAGCAGCAACGGCAGCAGCCAAUGUCCAAAACCCAGAGGCACAAAAGGAACAAGCUGGCAACAAACCACCUGUAGAGAGUCUUGCAGGAUGUUUGGCAUGGUUACCUGCCACCAAAUCGGAUACAGCAGUUGACAAACCAUCACCUAAAGAUAAACAUGCAAAGCUUAUUCCAUCUUCCGAUCCAAUGCUUGCAUUCACUUGGGGCAAUCAUUUAUUCAUCCUCCGUGUUGGCGUUGAAAGCAAUGAUAAGACUGCUAGUACCAAUCGUGGCGCGCGCAAUGCUAUCGGCAACAAAUCAAAGCGUGGCAACAAAUUGGAAUUCAUCAAACACGGCGAGUGGAAAUGCCGAGAUGUCAUUGUCGGUAUGCAAUGGAUCAAUCGACAGAUUCUUGCGUUGAUUACGCCCAAUGAAGAAAUGAUCCUCUUUGAUCCUAGAAACAUGAUGGAAACCGAAAGAGCCAGCAUCAGAAGCAAGGAGCUCGUUUAUCAUGAUCGCUUCAACGCCCCCUUGGAAGAAUUAGUCACCGAGUCGAUGGAGCAAGUGCAAUAUCAGCAGAUCCAACAGCAACAGCAACAGCCCCUUGGAAUGAAUGUCUUCCCAGCUACCUUAAAGACCGUGGAAAUGGCUUAUUAUCAUUCAUUGCGUGCAUACAAAGGAAAGCUUUUCCUAUUGGGUUUGAAUCGGCUCUAUAUUGGAACACUAUUAUCAUGGGCAGAUCGCAUUAUUGCUCUUGUGCGUGCUGGUGAUUUCCUCGAAGGCAUUGAAUUGGCCACCAGUUUCUACAAUGGCAGCUACACACAAAAAGUGGUCGGACUUCCGGAGGAUGAGCAAGCAAGGAAGAAGCUUGUCGGUGAUCGAUUGAAGGAACUUUUGGAUGCAUCACUCAAUUAUACAUUUUCAUCGACUCGAACGUAUGAUGGCAUGGUGGAUGACUUUGUCGGGAAUGGAACCGUUAUGUUUCAUGAUUUGGCGAAUGGCUGUAUCAAGGCAUGCUUAUCAAUGAACUCUUUGGAUUAUCUUUUCGACGUUGCAUACGACCAAUUUGCUGAAAACAACGUUCGCGGUGUCUUUUUGGAAGUUCUUGCUCCGAUGAUUUUGCAAGACAAGAUGCAUGAUAUUCCUCCAGCUGUCAUGAAGGAUUUGGUGGAUCAUUGUUGCUCAAAGCAUAUGCUGGCGGAACUUGAGCAAAUUAUCUGGCAUGUCGAUCCCCAAUGUCUUGAUAUCGAUCAAAUUGUAAGCGUUUGUCAUCGGGAAGGAUUAUAUGAGGCCAUGAUCUAUGUCUGGAACCGAAGUAUGGAUGAUUAUGUGAGCCCUGUGGUGGAGAUGCUCAAGGUGGUCAAGCACGUACUCAAAGAUGAGAGCACACGUAUCGUCGUACCGCAAUUUGACUAUCACGGAGAUCGCACACGAAUGGAUAGUAUGGGAAGCAUGAGAACAAUGGAGCCAGUACCAGAAAAUGAGCCACGAAAGAAUGCUGAAAAGCUGUUUGAUUACUUCCGACAUGUCUUACGUGGUCGUACCUAUCCUGAUGGUUUACCUAUGCCUUCAUCCAAAGCAAACGAAGCAAGGAGUGCAGUGUACUCUUUUGUAUUUUCGGGUCGAUGCGCUGUGUGGCCUCGUGUAGGUGGCAAGCUGGUGUUGACUGUGGAUGACGAUGAUGACCAAGUAUCAGAACCCACCUAUCCUUAUCUUCGUUUGCUUUUGCGCUUCAACACCAAAAAGUUCUUAGAAGCGCUUGAAGUUGCCUUUGAGGAUCCAUGGCUCAAUGGUGGUGACGAUAUUCUUACAUCGACAGUGGUGGAUGAUGAUCUACAAGGCAAGGUUAUUUCUCGACAAAUCAUUGUGAAUACGCUUUUGGACGUGUUGGGUAGCGGUUUAUCAGGAACAGGAUUGAUGCUUCCACCACCUCGACCCAAACAAUCCAUCUCCACGUCAACGGUGCUUUCAAACAGCAAUCAGGGACCCACCCCACCACCACCCAUGUCACGAAAUGAGGAUCAUGACAGCCUGAUUCAGCUGUAUAUCUUUAUCGCAUCCAAUUUGCACAAGUAUACCACGUUUAUCUUUUUGCCUUUGACAACAUUACACAAUAUCCUUAUUCGCUUAGCCGAGGCAAAUGAUCCCGACACACGACACGAGCGGCAAGCAGCUGUGCAGAGUUUACUCAGCGUAUACAAGCCAAAAGAUCCCGACCAAAUGAUUCUUUAUUAUGAGGAUGCUGGAUUUUGGCAAGUGCUCGAAGAUGUUUAUCGCCGUGAAAGGAAAUAUGGCAAAUUGGUGGAAGCCAACCUCAAAGACGAUGAACGACGUGACAAGGUCUUUGAUUGUGUGUUUCGACUCUUGGAUGAAAGGUCUGAGUUGAGCUCAAAGAAGCGAGACGAGGUCAAGACUGUAUUUAUGGUGCGGAUAUCGCAAUUUGUUGAAAUCGAUGGAGAAAAAUCAGCCCAGGUGGUGGAAAUGUUUUUUAACGGCAAACAUGAGGAGGCAAUACGACGUUUGGAAGAAGAUGCACAAGAGUUUGAAAACGAUGAUGAAUCUCGCGAUGCGGUGAACAAGCGUGUAUUCUUGUAUCUUCGUGGUUUACUGGAACCUUUUGACGAUCAAGAUGACAGCAUGAAACAACUAUAUGCACCACCAAAGAUACCCUCAGUCGAUCCCAAUUUGCAUGAACGCUAUAUCGAGCUCAUGUGCCGCUUUGAUCCAUCCGGUGUAUACGAUUAUCUCAAUACCAAGCUCAUUGACAAUGUCAAUCUCAACCAUAUUCUAAAGAGCUGCGAGGAGUAUGGUGUUAUCGAUGCAGUGGUUUGGAUUAUGGAAAAGAGCGGUGAUACCCAAGGUGCCUUGGACAAGAUGCUUGCUGUUGCCAAAGAGAAAAUGACAAUGGUGCUGAAUUUGGUGCGUGACCACAAUGAUCAAGAUACAGUGUGGACUUUUGAGGAGCAAAGCGUCUUGAGCAGUUGCUUGGUGGGCCUAAGUGGCGUAUUGCGUGUUGGUAUCCGGUUAUGUGAAAAUAGCAGCCGUUCGAUACCAGAGGAUGCUUAUGAGCAGGUCGAAUCACUUUGGUUCCAACUUUUGGAUUCCUAUGUCGAAUCAUCCAUCGAGAUGCAUAACGCUUUACGUGCUUCAGUGAUACCACAAGGCCUCUAUCACCAUAUUGUAUUUUCCUUCAAAUCCUUUGUCCAAACGAUCCUGACCCACCUUCUCCAAUCCACAUCACCACAAAAACAAGGCACGCUCCCACGAUUGCUUUCACGAUUGAUCGACUCACAAGCACGCUGCGCAAGCACAUUUGCUGACUUUCGAGAUAUUUUCAAAAGCAUCUUGGAUACGUACAAGUAUGAAGGAAAGCUGCUGGAGAUGACCAAUCGAUUGUUUGAACGUGAUUUAUUUGCUGGCGUGAAUGAAAUGGUCAAAGGAAAAGGAAAAGGCUGGAAACCACGGCGUGGUGCAUGCGAAGAAUGUGGUCAAGCUAUCCUAGAUUUGUCUUUGAUGCAUCAACCACUGGCUUGGGGUUUAGACGAUGAAGAUGAUGAUGAAGAUCAGGUCGAAAAGGAAAGCAAGUCUCAAGGCAGUGAAGAAGAGGACAAAGAAAAGAAGGAUGAGGGCAAGGAACCAGAUCAAGAAACCACCACCACCACCACAACCGCAACCCCAGAAGAAAAAGAUGUCGUUGUUUUCCAUUGUGGACAUGUAUAUCACAAACGGUGUUUGGAACCAAAGCUCAAAAAUUCUACCGAUUGGCGAUGCAUCCUUUGCCAUAGUCCCGAGCAGGAACUCGAUACACCAAAGAAGCAAGAUAAAGGAAAAGAACGAGCAACAUAG